UUGCCUCCACGGCAGGAUUCCCUGAACCAGCCACCAUGGCUGACAUGAAAACGGGCGUCUUUGCAAAAAAUGUCCAAAAGAGACUGAACAGGGCGCAGGAAAAGGUGCUUCAGAAGCUAGGCAAAGCUGAUGAAACAAAAGACGAACAAUUCGAAGAGUAUGUUCAGAACUUCAAACGGCAAGAGGCAGAAGGUUCCAGACUUCAGAAAGAACUCCGAGGAUAUUUAGCUGCAAUCAAAGGCAUGCAAGAUGCUUCAAAAAAGCUUACAGAGUCUCUUCAUGAAGUGUAUGAACCUGACUGGUAUGGCCGGGAAGAUGUAAAAAUGGUUGGUGAGAAAUGUGAUGUACUUUGGGAAGAUUUUCACCAAAAGCUGGUAGAUGGGUCAUUGCUAACCCUGGAUACGUAUUUGGGACAGUUUCCUGAUAUAAAGAAUCGCAUUGCAAAACGGAGCAGGAAGCUAGUAGACUAUGACAGUGCACGACAUCAUCUGGAAGCCUUGCAAAGUUCAAAAAGAAAAGAUGAAGGGAGAAUUUCCAAGGCAGAAGAAGAGUUUCAGAAAGCACAGAAGGUAUUUGAAGAUUUUAACACUGAUUUGCAAGAAGAACUACCAUCUUUGUGGUCAAGGCGAGUGGGCUUUUAUGUGAACACGUUUAAAAAUAUCUCCAGCCUUGAAGCCAAAUUUCACAAAGAAAUAGCUUUGCUCUGCCACAAACUUUAUGAGGUGAUGACUAAACUGGGAGAGCAGCAUGCUGACAAGGCCUUCACAAUCCUUGGGGCACCCAGUGACUCCGGUCCACUCCGCAUUGCAAAAACUCCAUCGCCACCUGAAGAGGCCUCCCCGCCACUUAGUCCUGAAGCUGGUGCAAAUCAUACAUUGGCAACCCCGAGUUCUCCAGCGCCUGCACGUCCUAAAUCUCCUUCACAGCUGAGGAAAGGACCUCCUGUCCCACCGCUGCCUAAACUCACACCAACAAAGGACUUGCAACAAGAAAAUAUCAUCAGUUUAUUUGAUGAUAACUUUGUUCCAGAAAUAAAUGUGACAACUCCUUCACAGAAUGAAGUUCCUGAUGCUAAAAAAGAAGAGUCUUUGUUAGAUUUGGACUUUGAUCCUUUCAAGCCUGAUGCUGCAUCUACUGUGGUAACCCAUUCACCAAUGUCUCAGACGCUACCCUGGGAUCUGUGGACGACCAACAAUGAGCUGGCACAGCCGGCAUCCAGCACUGCUUUUAAUGGAUUUGCACAGGACACCUCCCUGUUUUCAUUGCAGCCAAGUCAGGAUGUUGCAGAUAGCAUGCCAAGUCAGGAUGUUACAGAUAGCGUGGCUGAGGCAGAAGCUCCAUCUUUAGAACGCCAGGCAGAGGAAGGCGUUGAUGUGGUUGGCUCUGCUACCAAGCCAGAAGCACAGGCUGUGGAGACUGAUGAGUCAGCAGCUGAAACUGUGUUGCAGAUGGACUCAGUAGUUGAAGGUCCUACUGAACCUGAGUGUGUUGAUGCCACUUCUAUAAAUGAAGGUGGUGAAGUUGCUGUUAUUGAUGAAACAGCAGUUGCUGAAAGCAGCAUAGAUCACACUGAAGGAAAAGCAGAAGACAUCCAGGACAACCUUAGUAACAUCCCUUCAGUAGUUAUAGAGCCUGCAUCAAACAAUGAAGAUGGAGACGAUCAUGAGAUACAUGUUAAUGAAUCUAAAGAUAUUGUGGAAGAAGUUGGUAGUCAGAGAACUGAAGUACCCACUGGUGAAUCUUCAGAUGCCAUAAGUGAGCCAACAAACAUAAUAGAAGAAGUGCAGCCUGCAUCUUCUGAGAAACAGCCUGCAGCAGCAGAUGACAUGCCACCUGGCUUCCUUUUUAAGGUUGAAGCUCUGCAUGAUUUUGAGGCAGCCAAUAGUGAUGAACUGACCUUGCAACGGGGAGAUAUUGUACUGGUAAUCCCAUCAGCAGCAGAAGCAGAUCAGGAAGCAGGUUGGUUAACAGGCAUUAAGGAACGUGACUGGCUUCAAUACAAAGAUGCAUCCACAUAUAAGGGACUCUUCCCUGAAAACUUCACCUGCCGUUUUGAGUAACUCCCAGGUCCAGAGGCAAGACCAUCUUGUAGGAAGCUCAGUCCCUACAUUGUGAACCUCUCCAACAUACAGGAGUCUAUAGUUGAGCCAACAUGGUUUACAGACUGAUUCCAGACAAAACUCGGCUGAAGCAUAUCAAAUGAGCAUGACUGCAAGAAAUUAAAGCUAGCAUAUUCUGAAGCAGUAUGUGGAAAAAAGUACUUAUUUGUUCACAUAUACACGGCAACAGGUUUGUUUGUACUUUGUCAGAGCUAUGGUGAUCCUGUAACUUGAUCUUUCCCCAUGCAAAUAUGAGUAGCCUCCUCAAUACCAAAACCUUAACUUUUCUGCACUAACUGUAUUGUAUUGAGUUGCUGCACUGCAGAAGACUUCAUUAGUAAUCCUGUAGUACUGAAGUCAAACUAUUCUAAUUUCAAUGUGUUUGGAAAAAAAAAUCUGCCACAAAGUUUUUCCAUGUUAUUUUCUUACAUAUAUACGUACAUAUACACACAGAGAGAUGCCUAUGUGUUGUAUGCAUAUAUAACACAUAAAAACCCUAGGAAACCAACCUGCAGCAAAGUUAUUGGUGACAAACAUUUGAACCAAAAUUGGACAAAACCUGGAGAACGUGUAGAAUUGUUCAGCUUAGGAGAUUAACAGGAGCCUUUUACAGAAGGAGUGUAAUGUGCAUUAGAGUCACCUUAUCAUUCUUCGCCCUUGGUUUGUGGCACACUUGUCAGAAGGUUGGCUACCACUGAUUUUAUGCAUUAGCAAAUACCUUAUCUACUUAAUAGUCAUUCUUUCAUGUAGAAUUGUUCAUUCAGAUGUUUGCUCUUAUUGUCAGGUAUUACAGUAAAGAAUUCUGUUACAAGAGGAAAAUAGCUGCUCCAUUAUCAAAAUAUUAAGUAGUAAAAUCUGCACUUGUAAUGCAAAAUUAUCAUUCCAAAGGAUUACAGAAAAGUUACCAAACUCACUUUCAAAGCUGCUAAAACACAAUAGAAGGCAUGGAUCAGUCACCUCUUUACUUUAUCAACUACUACAGCUAAGGAUGAAAUUAUUCUGAUGAGACUAUAGUAGUAGUUUUUGUAUUUUUAAAGUGGCUGGAUGAAUAAAUACAUUUCUGAUUUAAGGGAAGAUGAAUUAAGACAGUAUAUUUUCACAAUAUGUAUUUAUGCAACAUACUUUCAACAAUCCCCCCAAAUAUCAUGUAUUGUGUAUCAAAAAGUCAUCUGUAACUAUUAUGUUUUUCAGUGUUGCGUCAUUUAAAAUAAAUCUAUGAUCAACUCCACAAGCUCAAUUUUUAUAUAUGCUCUAGUACAUAUAUCAAACGACAUCUUUUAAAUUCUUCUUUGACACAUCCUGCUGGCAAUAAACUAAAUUACUGCUGUCCACCAUACAGGGUUCACUAUAACAAGGCACUAAAUCUAUGGUUCAGUAAGCAGGAAUGAAAUGCUACCCCAGAUGAGCAUGUGCUGAGUGGCUAACCUUGCAAUCUUGUCAUUGCUAUAGCUUGUCUUUUAUCAAGCCUCACUGAAAUUAAUUUCUACCCAAGAUCUAUUUCAUUGCAUUAAUGAAUGGGGUUGUAGAGACCAAAAACUAAUACAUAUCUACUCAAAAGGCCAAUAAAGAUGGAAUUAUUACUAGAUGGAUUGCAAUGUUAACCUAAAAGGUUCUAUUUUGUGCCUGUGACUGGAGAGUCUACUGUAAGAAGUUCCUAUUGGAGAACUAAUGCAAGCAGUGUAUUUGACUUAGAGGUAUUAGCACCAUUUUUCUUAAAAGUUAUUUCAGGAAUUAUGGAUUUUACUGUCCAUUCUAACAAGUAGAAACUUAAAACUAAAAUAUUUGGGGAAAUUUUCAACCAAAGUUUGAAAUAACAUUGCAAAGCCAUGCAAAAAUAGUUGGUCAUAACCUAAAUCACUUUAUAGUCUGACACCUCUAAGAACUUUCUAUUCCAAACAGAAAUGACCCAUCCAAUAUAUUCAACCAGCUGAUAGAUGUUUAGUGUCCCAUUCCUAAAUGAGAUCAGAACAAGAGAAGCAAGGACAUGCUACUUCUCAGUAUAUGCUCCUGUGCUUCUACUAGCACCUCUUGGACAAUUUUCUGGAGGGCCUUAAACACUAAAUUCUUUGCAAAACUUUUAACUGUUGAGGAGGAGGAGAUUGCUGGGUUUAGGUGGGGUGGGGCUAUUUUGUGUUUGUAUUUUAUAAACCGCCAGGAGUCUUCAGAAGUCAGUGGUGUACAAACAUUGUUAAUAAAUAAAUUGUAAAUUACAUAUUAAAUAUGUAAUCUUACAUAUUCAGCUGAAGCCUCUCUGUAUGCAGACAAUGUGCAUGCAAUAAGAUCAGAUAUGAGCAACCAUGUUUCUUUUAAUCGCAUAUAAAAUACUGUGAAUUAUGGACACUAUUAUAAAGUGUAUAUAAAACAUGUUCAAAAGUAACACUUCCCAAUUCUUACAAUCUAGAAGUAACCCUGAUUUUCACUUUCUGUUAAGUAGUAUGGUAUCAAAACCUUACAUACAGUUAGUUGGAGUCAGGUGGCAUCAAAAUUGAACAGAUAAAAAUAAAAUAAAAAUAAAAGUAUUGAUUUAAAGUUAAAGGACAUAAGGCCUUCUUCACAGAAUUGAGAAUUUAUAGAGACCUAUGAUAUCACAUUUUAUUAAUGUGUUCCUUUAAUAUACAAAGAGUGUGUACUUGAUUUAAAAAAAGAUAUAUUGUUAAAAAUAAAAUUUAAAAUUAAUGACACAAAUUAUAGCAAAUCUAAAUUCUUAUUAGCUGAUCACUGUAAAGUGGUAAGACCUACCAGUUAGAUUCCCAAGCAUAUCUCAGUAGUUAGGUAUUUCAAACUUAAUUUAAUACGUUAUGGGCAAGUACUUCUUCAUAUUAUA